UAUGUCUCUUCUGCUUCUAAAUGCAAGCAAUAGAAUUGCUUAAGGAUUCUUAAAAGUAGCUGCUGAAAGUGGUAAGUAUGAGAAGAUCAUUUGUGCUGAUAUCUUCCCAACAUACUUCACAGUUCAAAGAUUACUUAAAUUCAAGCAAUAAUUCUCAACCAAGAUUGAGUUGUUCAAAGUAGGUGAUCGUUAAGAUCUACAUGAUGUAAUUAAAUAAGCCAAUAAUCUCCUUUAUGUGAGCCAUGACUAUUACUAAGUUACAGCUUCCAAGAAAAACUUAUUAGUUGCCACUCUAGAUUUGGCCAAGACUAGAAACUACAAAACUGUGGCUUAUGUAGCUCCAGUUGAACAUGAUCAUUAAGAAGAAAUUGAUGAAUGGAAACAUUUAGAAGUUGAAGGUCGUCGAUCCAUUCCUCAAUUAGUUGGAAUCAGAUCUGAUAUUACAUUUGGACCUUAAAGCACAUUUACUAAUAAAAUUGCUCAAAGAAUAUAUAAUGGAUAAAGCAUUUAUUUCAAAACUACAGGAUAAUCAUGUGCUCCAAUCUUUACAGGAGAUUUAGAAGCAAUUGUUGCAAGAGUUCUUGCAGGAGAUCAUGCUGGUAAAUUACUCUUGGCUAAAGGACAUAAACAUAUAGAUUUCAAAUCUAUUAUACAUUUAAUUGAAGAUAGUCUUGGAAAUAAUUAUAAAGCUUAACUUAAUAGUUCUUUUAUUGAAAAAGUAAUUUAUUUAUUUUUAACUUAUUUAGAUUAUUCAUCCAACCAACAAUUGCAUUAUUGGACAACAAUUAUAUUGUCCCUCAUAUAUUAACUUAACCAAAUUGAUAGCCAAUUAUAAGGCUUUAGAAAACACUGGAUAUGAUCAAGUUGUUGGAGAUAAAUUAGUAGAUAUUGAGGAGUAUCAUAAAAAUAAUAAAACUGUUGUUGAUCAAUCAUUAAAAGCUGAUUAUGAAUUAAGCUAUUUAAUUGGAUGAAC